AUGAUGUUAGACGUGUUGCAGUAUGGAGUGGAGCCCCGGCGCCCCUGGCGGGCUGGACUGCACCGCGGAUCCUUCCAGUAUGUGGUCUCAGUAGGUCUCUGGGCCCACAAACUCAUGGGUGAAUGCGGUGUGGUGGGACCUAAACGGGGCCAGCUAGAUGGGGUGGUGGUCGACUGGACUGCAGCUUGCCGGACUGGCCUCAGCUUCGUAAAAGAGGUGGCAGAGCAAGACCCCUGGCUCCUGAGUCCUGGAGGCAGCAUGGAGCCCCUGGGGUCCCUGAGGUGCCCGGGGGCCCCGGAUGUGCCUGGUCCUGGCAGCAUGCGGAUCCUGGUCACGCUGCUGCUGGACACUCUGCCCAUGCUCGGGAACGUCCUCCUGCUCUGCUUCUUCGUCUUCUUCAUCUUCGGCAUCGUGGGUGUGCAGCUAUGGGCCGGACUGCUCCGCAACCGCUGCUUCCUGGACAGCGGCUUUGCCCGAAACAACAACCUCACCUUCCUGCGGCCGUACUACCAGACGGAGGAGGGCGAGGAGAAUCCCUUCAUCUGCUCCUCCCGGCGGGACAACGGCAUGCAGAAGUGCUCGCACAUCCCCAGCCGCCGGGAGCUGCGUGUGGAGUGCACGCUGGGCUGGGAGGCGUACGGGCAGCCGCAGGCCGACGCUGCCGGAGCCACCCGCAACGCCUGCAUCAACUGGAACCAGUACUACAACGUGUGCCGCUCGGGUGGCUCCAACCCCCACAACGGCGCCAUCAACUUCGACAACAUCGGCUAUGCCUGGAUCGCCAUCUUCCAGGUGAUCACGCUGGAGGGCUGGGUGGACAUCAUGUACUACGUCAUGGAUGCCCAUUCUUUCUACAACUUCAUCUACUUCAUUUUGCUCAUCAUUGUGGGCUCCUUCUUCAUGAUCAACCUGUGCCUGGUGGUGAUCGCCACGCAGUUCUCUGAGACCAAGCAGCGGGAGAACCAGCUCAUGCGGGAGCAGCGCGCCCGCUACCUGUCCAACGACAGCACGCUGGCCAGCUUCUCAGAGCCGGGCAGCUGCUACGAGGAGCUGCUCAAGUACGUGGGCCACAUCUGCCGCAAGGUGAAGAGGCGCAGCCUGCGUCUCUAUGCUCGCUGGCAGAGCCGCUGGCACAAGAAGGUGGACCCCAGCAGCGCCCUGCACGGCCAGGGCCCCGGGUACCAGCCGAGGCGGGCGGGGAGGCACAUGGCCUCCGUCCACCACCUGGUCUACCACCACCACCACCACCACCACCACCACUACCACUUCAGCCACGGCAGCCCACGCCGGCCCGGCCCCGAGCCCGGCCCCGGGGACACCAGGCUGGUGCGGGCCGGAACGUUGCCCUCCCCACCCUCACCGGGCCAUGGGCCACCGGACGCUGAGUCCGUGCACAGCGUAUACCACGCAGACUGCCACGUGGAGGGGCCACAGGAGAGGGCCCGAGUGGCCCACGCCGCGGCCGCUGCUGCUGCCAGCCUCAAGCUGGCCACAGGGCUGGGUGCCAUGAACUACCCCACCAUCCUGCCCUCGCCCGCCGGGGGCAGCAAAGGGGGCGCCAGCCCCGGGCCCAAGGGCAAGCGGGCCAGCGGGCCUCUGGGCACCAGCAAGCACAGCCCCCUGAGCCUGAGGGGCCCCGACUCCUAUGAGAAGAUCCAGCAUCUGGUCGGGGAACACGUCCAGCCUCCGAAGCUCACCCUGUGCCCAGUGGGGCCCCAGCAGUGCCUGGAGCAGCCGGCGUUCAAGCUGGAACAGCCUGGGCCGCGCCCCCAGCCUCAAGCGCCGGAGCCAGUGCGGGGAGCGUGAGUCUCUGCUGUCCGGGGAGGGCAAGGGUAGCACGGACGAGGAGGCCGAGGACGGCAGGCCCAGGGCGGGGGCCUCCCCCGGGACACGCCCUAUCCCGCUGCGGUGCGCCGAGUCCCUGGACCCCCGCAGCACGCUGGACCCGCGGCCUCCCCGCCCGGCCGCGCUGGCGCCCGCCAAGUUUCAGGAGUGCAACGGGCAGGUCCUGGCCCUGCCCACGGAGUUCUUCCUGCGCAUCGACAGCCACAAGGAGGAUCCGGCUGACUUCGAUGAUGACGUGGAGGACAGUUGCUGCCUGCGUCUGCACAAGGUCCUGGAGCCCUACAAGCCUGCGUGGUGCCGCAGCCGCGAGCCCUGGGCCCUAUACCUCUUCUCUCCGCAGAACAGGUUCCGGGUCUCCUGCCAGAAGAUCAUCGCUCACAAGAUGUUCGAUCACGUGGUCCUGGUCUUCAUCUUCCUCAACUGCAUCACCAUCGCCCUCGAGAGGCCGGACAUCGACCCGGGCAGCACCGAGCGCGUCUUCCUCAGCGUGUCCAACUACAUCUUCAUGGCGAUCUUCGUGGCAGAGAUGAUGGUGAAGGUGGUGGCCCUGGGCCUGGUCUCUGGUGACCACGCCUACCUGCAGAGCACCUGGAACGUGCUGGACGGGCUGCUGGUGCUGGUGUCCCUGGUCGACAUCAUCGUGGCCAUGGCUUCGGCCGGGGGUGCCAAGAUCCUGGGCAUCCUGCGUGUGCUGCGCUUGCUGCGGACCCUGCGGCCCCUGAGGGUCAUCAGCCGCGCUCCGGGCCUCAAGCUGGUGGUGGAGACUCUGAUAUCGUCACUGAGGCCCAUCGGGAACAUCGUCCUCAUCUGCUGCGCUUUCUUCAUCAUCUUCGGCAUCCUGGGGGUACAGCUCUUCAAGGGGAAGUUUUAUUACUGCGAAGGCACCGACACCAGGAACAUCUCCACCAAGGCCGAGUGCCGGGCGGCGCACUACCGCUGGGUGCGGCGCAAGUACAACUUCGACAACCUGGGCCAGGCUCUGAUGUCACUGUUCGUGCUGUCAUCCAAGGACGGCUGGGUGAACAUCAUGUACGACGGGCUGGACGCCGUGGGCAUAGACCAGCAGCCUGUGCCCAACCACAACCCCUGGAUGCUGCUCUACUUCAUCUCCUUCCUGCUCAUCGUCAGCUUCUUUGUCCUCAACAUGUUUGUGGGCGUCGUGGUGGAGAACUUCCACAAGUGCCGGCAACACCAGGAAGCCGAGGAGGCGCGGCGGCGGGAGGAGAAGCGGCAGCGGCGCCUGGAGAGAAAACGCAGGAGUAAGGCGCUCCCAGUGGCGGCGGUGGCGGAGGCCCAGCGCCGGCCCUACUACGCCGACUACUCACCCACCCGCCGCUCCAUCCACUCGCUGUGCACCAGCCACUACCUUGACCUCUUCAUCACCUUUAUCAUUGGCGUCAACGUCAUCACCAUGUCCAUGGAACACUACAACCAGCCCAAGUCGCUGGAUGAGGCUCUCAAGUACUGCAACUAUGUGUUCACCAUCGUCUUCGUGUUUGAGGCCGUGCUGAAGCUCGUGGCUUUUGGGUUCCGGAGGUUCUUCAAGGACAGGUGGAACCAGCUAGACCUGGCCAUCGUGCUGCUGUCCAUCAUGGGCAUCACGCUGGAGGAGAUCGAGAUGAACGCGGCUCUGCCCAUCAAUCCCACCAUCAUCCGCAUCAUGCGCGUGCUCCGCAUUGCUCGAGUUCUGAAGCUGCUCAAGAUGGCCACAGGCAUGCGGGCCCUGCUGGACACGGUGGUUCAAGCCCUGCCGCAGGUAGGGAACCUCGGCCUGCUUUUCAUGCUCCUGUUUUUUAUCUAUGCUGCCUUGGGGGUGGAGCUGUUCGGGAGGCUUGAGUGCAGUGAGGACAACCCCUGCGAGGGCCUCAGCCGGCACGCCACCUUCUCCAACUUUGGCAUGGCCUUCCUCACGCUGUUCCGCGUGUCCACGGGGGACAACUGGAACGGGAUCAUGAAGGACACGCUGCGGGAAUGUGCCCGGGAGGACAAGCACUGCCUCAGCUACCUGCCCGCCAUCUCCCCCAUCUACUUCGUCACCUUCGUGCUGGUGGCCCAGUUCGUGCUGGUCAACGUGGUGGUGGCCGUGCUCAUGAAGCACCUGGAGGAGAGCAACAAGGAGGCCCGUGAGGACGCCGAGCUGGAUGCCGAGCUGGAACUGGAAGUGGCGCAGGGCCCCCCCGCCUGCCCCAGACCCGAGGCCCCGCCGAGCCCAGACACCCCUGGCCUCCUGGUUGUGCGCAAGGUGUCCGUGUCCAGGAUGCUGUCCCUGCCUAACGACAGCUACAUGUUCCGGCCCGUGGCGCCCGCCUCGGCCCCGCACCCCCGCCCACUGCGGGAAGCGGACGCGGAGACGUGCUCAGACCCGGUGACCUCUGCGCAUUCCCCGCCCGUGGAGUCCUGCACGUCUCUCCAGGUCCCCUCUGCGGCCACGCUCUCCCCAGCCAGGGACAGCGACAGCCUCCGUGCCCUGUCCCCUCGAGGCGCAGCCCGCUCCCCCAGCCUCUGCUGGCUGCUCUACAGACAGGAGCCCACGCUCGCCGACUCUCUGGAAGGGCACACGGACGGCCCCAAGGACGGCGGCCCAGGCUGGGGGGAGCCUGGUGGGAAGACCCCAAUGAGGCAGGCAUCCCUGGGGGCCUCCCUACGGUCCCCGCCCCGCUCCCCGCGGCCCGCCAGCAUCCGCACUCGCAAGCACACCUGCGGGCAGCGCUGCGUCUCCAGCAGGGCCCCGGCCCCCAGCGGGGAGGAGGCCGAGACCCUGGAUCCUGCUGAUGAGGAGGUCAGCCACAUCACCAGCUCGGCCCGAAGCCCCUCCGCUUCGCCCACUGCCCGAGGCCUGGGGGCCGGCGACCCCGACCUGCGCAGGUUCUACGGCGUGGAUGCUCAGGGCUUCCUGGACCCGCCCGGCCAGGCCGAGGAGCAGAGGCGGCCCUCCGGGGAGCUGGGGGGAGGGGACGCCCACGUGGAGACCAGGGAGGUGAAGGGCCGCGCCCCAGAGGCUGAGCCAGCCUUGGGGGCACGCAGGAAAAAGAAGAUGAGCCCCCCCUGCAUCUCCGUUGAGCCCCCUGGGGAGGACGAGGGUGCGGCCCGGCCCCCGGCGGCAGAGGGCAGCACCACCACUCUGCGGCGGCGAACCCCUUCCUGCGAGGCCCCGCCGCACAGGGACUCCCUGGAGCCCAUGGAGGGGGCCGGGGUGGAUCCUGCCGCCAAGGGCGACCGGCGGGCCCAGGCCCCCUGCCGCGCGGAACACCUGACCAUACCCAACUUCACCUUUGAGCCGCCGGACAAGGGGGGCCCUGGCGGAGACCUGUUUUUGGAUGGUGUUCACGGCGUGGCCCCAGAACCCAGAGCUUCCUUUUCGGGGGCCACGGCGCCUCCUGAACCCCAUAAAAUGGAGCCUCUCGUGCCCUCCAGUGACCCCACAGAGAAAGGACGGGGGCUGCACCUCAGAGUCCUCCAGAGCCCCCCAAAGAAAGCAGGGUCUCCCUCAGCCAGCCCCGCCCCAGGUGACCGUGUGGACAGGCCAGUGUAGCUCAGGGCGUAGUGCUGCAGGUUUCGGUAGCGGGGCUGGGGUGCACCCAGCGGGGUGACGGCCCAGGCAGGGCUGCGUGUGGACCCCAGCUCCGGGCCCGGCACGGAGGAGAAGCGGGGAGCCGCCCGGGGAGGGAGGCAGACGCGGGGUCUGGGCGAAACAGAGUGGAGACAUGCCCCUCGGCCUGCAAGCCUAUGUCCAGCCUACAUCCGGUGGAUUCAGGUUUGGGUUUUUCCAAGUUUCGCCACCAUGGUCUGUGGCCAUGCCCGCACCUGGUCAGCGGUCCCCCGACAGCAGCUGCGUCCCCGCCACGAAGACCAGGAAGACCGGAAGGAGGAAGUCCGAGGCUGCCCAGCAGAGCCCCAUUCUCACGCCCGCUUUUCUAAGGAACACGUGCUUGGGGCCACCUGUGCCCUCCCGGGUGGCGGCCUCACCCCAAGGCCGCCACCGCCACGCUCACGUCACUCACUCCUCACCUGUCUGCCCCCCCACACUCUUCGUCACCGUCUCGGCCCCCCGCGGGCCCACGCCCCACUGUUCUGCCCUUGGUAUUCCAGAAACGCCCGCGCCGCGGGGGAGUGGGGUCCCUGCAAUAAGCCCCCCCCGCUGCCGGCGGCCCCUCGCGGGCCAGGUGAGCAGUGUCCGCAGACGCCCCUGAGUUCCGUGUACGUUUUAUUAAUUCAGGUUAAACGUUGCAAUAAUCUGAUAAUGGGAAA